CAAGAAUAAUGAUCGGGGUGCGUGUGUUUCAGUUGUUGGUGGUGUCCGGCGUCCUCCUCGCGAUGCUGGGCCAGGGCAUGAUGCUGAGCUUCCCCUCUUGUCUGCUGCCGGCGCUGCUGGAAGGCAGCUCGGGGAUCAUGCUCGAUCUGGACACCGCUUCUUGGCUAGCUUCAUCAGUCGGAUUGUCCAGUUUGGCGGGGUUCUUAGCAUCGUCCUACCUCAUGGAGACUUGCGGAAGGCGUACCACAUUCGCCCUGGCCAUUUUACCAGGAGCACUCGGCUGGGUCUUCAUCUACUUCUCCAAAGACAUCACAACGUUGAUGAUCGGCAGAGUCCUUGGCGGCACGUCCGGCGGCGCCACCGUGCUGCUUGGAGCCGUCAUCCUGGGAGAGUACACGAGUCCAGAAAACAGAGGGAUGUUCUUGAAUCUGAAGUCUGCAGCUGUCUGUGUCGGGAACUUGGCCGUCCAUGUUCUAAACCAUUACAUUGACUGGAGGAAUAUUGCCUUAGUAGCUCUUCUACCUUUCGUUAUAUCGUUUGGUUUGGUCUGCUCCUGGGAAGAGAGCCCAUCUUGGCUUGCUUCAAUGGGAUUUUUAGAGAAAUGCGAAGAUGUAUUUUUUGCUUUACGAGGCAGAAAUGAUAGGACUUACCAAGAAUUUGACAACUUAUUAAAAUUACAAAAAACAUUGUUAAGCCCGAGACUUUCAAAAACAGUUAUGAUUAAGAAGUUUUUGAGCCUGUUCACGAAAAGAAGCUUUCUCAAACCUUUAUUGAUUGUCGUAAUUUCCGGUUUUUUAUCAGAAUUCAGCGGAAGACAUGUAUUUCCAGCGUACGCUUCUCAAAUCAUUGGUGAGAUUACUGGAGAUAAAGUACAGUCGUUCUACUACACGUUAUCUAUAGAUUUGAUAAUAACCUCUAGUAUAACAUUUUCGUCAGUUUUGGUUAGAAUAAUGAAGAGACGUGUUUUGUUGUUUUCGACUGGGGCACUGUCAUUGAUUGUGUUAACAUCUGUAUGUCUUUAUUUGCACGUAGCGUCAAAGAACUUCAUUACAUACGAGUCUUGGAUUCCGUUGUCAUUGUUUGUUGUAUACUUUGUAUUAGCAAAUGUUUGCUGUGCACCAUUCCCGUAUAUAAUUGUUGGAGAAAUAUUUCCUUUGUCUUACAAAGGAGCCGGAACGGCAGUAUCCGGAGUAUUCUUCUCUUUACUUCUAAUGAUCGCUUUAAAAAUUACACCAUAUCUGUUAAUAAGUCUUAAUGUUUAUGGAACAUUUGCUAUAUUUGCCAUAAUUAUUUUAAUUUGUUUGGUUUUAUUAUAUAUAAUCCUUCCGGAGACCAAAGACCGGAGUUUGCCAGAAAUCGAGAGUUACUUGCAGACCGGGAAAUACGACGCUGUGGAAGACGAGACAUUAAAAAAGAAAAUGAUUGAUGACAGUUAGAUUUUAAGAUAAUAGUUAGGCAUAGUUAAGUAUAGUUCGGCAUAAUAGACGUUUCUUGUUGAUUAUACAGCUUCAUUAACUACAUUAUUCUUCAAUACAUACAUGCUUAUGUAAAUAAAACUAAAGAAGGGUCCAAAUUGUUUUAUUGAAAAAUUUUAGUGGAAUAGGCUUAUCUAAAGAUAUAGACAAAAAAUUCAAAGAUUUCAGGUAAGUAUGUACCUAACUUACAUGAAAUGUUUGAAUUUUUUGUCUGUCUUUCUGUAUGCAGAGGUAAUAUUUUAUCCCCAAAAAUCUGGAAUUCCCGUAGAAAAGUCACUUACCCCGUCGAUCUACUUACGAUUAGGUAUGAAGUAAAUACCGGCAUAAAAUCGUGUUAUACUUUUUAUCCUGCAAAAUUGUGAAGGUCCCGUAGGAAAGCCAAAUAUAAAGCCUAUUAACUUGGAAUUAAUGUACCUAAGUACUGGAAUAACAUCUUAUAUAUACUUUUUAUCCUAGAAAACUGCUGAAUACCAAAAUAAAGUCAAAUAAUGAACUACUCCUCCGAAUUACUUGAAACCCGCAGAGCAUCUUAUACACAAGGAACUACUUUUUCCCCGGAAAAAUUGUACGAGUUCCGAAGUAAAAUCAAAUAAAAACAUUUAGCCACUUGAAUUUGGAAUGUUUGUGUAAACUAUAACGGUUAAUACCACAGAUAAAAGAAAUAUAUGUUAAUAUGUAAAAUUGUGAUGUUAUGGGGCCCCAUAGGAAAGUCUAAUAAUGAACUAAGUACUGGGUUGGUUUACUUGAAAUUUAUGUCAUAUACUUUUAUCACGGAAAAAAUGUAAAACGAUUUACUUCGAUUUUGGUAGUUAUAAAUAUACAAUAGCUAGUUAUAAAUAAAAUAGCAAAGCUUACUGUAUGAAUUUCGAUUCCAAUAGAAUUUCAACAGUUGUAACAAAACUACUAUUGUAAAACGGAUGAACAAAGAUUUUAUUGUAAGUAAUUACAUGAUUAUCACGCCACGUCUGUCUGUUUCUAAAAUUUCUUCUUUGAAACCUCGUUACCACGUUGUUGUUGAGAUAAUUUAUAACGAAGGUUUGUACCGUUUAUACAUUAAAACAAUUGCCAUUAGAGCCGAGUCGCUAGUACCUACUUAAUAUCUUAUCAUAUCAUUCCAAGGAAUAUACUGAUGGGAAUUAUUCAGAGAAUAACGUCGACAUACUCAAACGCCCCACGCCGCAGGCCACGGUUAGUGUACAAAAAUCUUCUUAGCAUGUCUACUCGGCGAAUCAUAUUAAUAAAGACCAAUAAGUCGCCGUCGAUACAGUAUUGGCUGUG